AGAGAAGUUGACUGGAUAUCACACCCUAACACAAUUGAAAAAUGAUAACAUACACUGUACAAAUUAAACCAAUUUUCCAUUUAAUUUAAUUUAAUUAAUCAAAAAAAGUGCCAAAAUUACAGUGGCCCAAGCUUUUCUGUAUCCAUCAAAACAGCAAAUCAUUCAGCUUCUCGUCGUGCGUUUUUGUGUUGCGAUCUUCUUAAAAUAGUGUCUUUUGAUCGUAUUUUGGAAAAGAAUUGGAGGAUUUGACGUGAUGUUCGUAUUCUACGCCCUCGAUUUGAUCGUUCGGUGUGAAAUUACAGCUGAAAAUGGUGUCCUGUGGCUUUCAAACUUGUAAACCCUAGGGCGGCGCAAAGAAUUCUUAACGGAGCUUCUUGUCUUCAUUACUGAUCCAUUUACUUCGCAGGUGUUGGAGAAACGCGUGUGAAUUUUAUGAUCGGGAAGUUGCAGGAAACGUUCACGUGGUUGAAACUGGGAGACGAGGCUCCGCGAGUUGUUUGAGGCGUGGAUCAGCUUUGAAAUUCUGUUAUUUGGAAGUUUGAUUGUCAAGUAAAGAAACGUUUUGCUGACGUCGGAGCUCAAGUUGAGUGUUUACGAGGGUUUUGGUGUGAAGAAAAGAGCUUCAUCCGCAAUGUUCGCGGAUGAAGCCGUGGCAAACGGUCAUAUGAAGCUGAUAGAGGGUUUGAAAAGACAGGGCGGGAGAGUUGCAUCUAUGUUUGUUAAAGGAGUUUUGUAGAGUUGAAAUUCUGUUAGCCGGCCAGUAUGAAAUCAGGUAGCUCUUCCAGUACAAGAUCUGUGGGCUCACCCUCAAGCAGAUUUAGUGUUUCUGCAGGAGAUCGUACUAGGGAAUCACCACAGAAAGGAUUAAAGGAUUUUGCAAAAAGAUUUCUUGACAGUGGAAUAUUUACAAAUAAGCUUCAAGAUUGGUUAUUUGAAAAGCUAGACAAGUCUCCAGAUGGAAAACUUCUGUUUGAGUCUCCUUUUAAGCUAGAUGAACUCCGUGAGUUUGAUUAUGCUUUGGAGGGGAUUGGUUUCCAACAACUUAUUCGAAUGCCAUGUGGACCGUAUGCAUCAACUUCUGGUCCUGAGGAAGCAGAUGCAUAUUUUGCAAUAGAAGAUUUUUUGCAUGCUGGUGCACAGAGUCUGUGGGAGGCAUUUUGGGGUAACGAUGGACCAAUGCCACUCUAUAUAUCUUGCCCAUAUGGUGCAGGAUCAAAGUUCCACACUGUAGAGAAGGCGGUUGCAAGGGGAAAAGUUCAAGGUCUUUGUGGAACAGCCUUGUUAGUAAAUAAUAAUAGGAAUUCACAGAGGGGCUGGGAUCAGGUUGUAGAGCUUGCGUUGCUAAGGACUGAUCUUGGUGUUAUUCCACAGGAAAAUAAGCGAAUUCCAUCCUUUUCAGCUGUUGGUGAAGCUUUAUUCUAUUCAUUUUAUAUGCUGAUAUCAAGGAGUUUAAGUAAAUCAAACAUUUUGAAGAAUGUGGAUUGCGCCUAUGUGAUGGUGGUUGAUUGUCAGUAUGGAGGAGUCGUGAAGCUCAAGGGGGAUGUAAAUAAACUGGAUAUCAAUGCAAACAAGGUGUAUGAAUGUGCGGUAGAAUGGAUACAACAGCACGCGGAGGUGAGUGUAUCUUCUUUCGAAGAAAUUUGGAACAAGCUCGGCAAUGCUAAUUGGGGAGAUGUGGGUACUCGUCAGCUUCUUUUGGCUAUGUACUAUUCGAUUGUACAAUGCAAAGGAUUGCCAAAAAAAUCCAUUGCUGAGCUGGCUGCAGAUCACAACAAUCGAUUGCAAAAGCGAAGAAUUGAACGAAGGCUUCUUGAAGUACAGGAGAAUGGUGAUGAUUCUUUCCGUCGCCAUCAAAAUAAUCAUUCUUAUGGAGAAAUUGUUGAAAUUCAGGAUGAAUCAGAAUCUUCUAUGCGGAAGGAAACUGAGAAUAUGAAGCUUGAGCCAGGAGUUGUGCUAUGGCUGGAGGAUUCACAUUGGCAAAGAGGUUUUCAGAUACAUGAGGCUAUAGGAGAUGCAAGGCUAUCUUUGUACAGUUGCACUUCGUUGGAAGAACCGGGAAAGCUUUUGGCUGUUUAUGUAGGCUCCAGUCCUUCCCAAUUUGAGCCUGCAUGGGAAGAUAUGAGUAUAUGGUACCAGGUCCAGCGGCAGACAAAAGUUUUGAACAUCAUGAAACAAAGGGGUAUAUCAAGCAAGUACCUACCACAGCUUGUUGCAUCUGGAAGGAUUAAGCAUUCUGGUCAGUGCCACAAGCAGAGUCCAGGUGGUCGCUGUGACCAUCCAUGGUGUGGGACUCCAAUUCUGGUAACUUCUCCAGUUGGAGAAUCAGUCGCCAGUAUGGUUUCAAAGAAUGGCAUAUUCACUGCAGAGGAAGCAUUGAGGUGCUGUCAUGAUUGCUUGUCUGCCUUGCGAAGCACAGUUUCUGCUGGCAUUCAGCAUGGAGAUAUCUCACCCGAUCAUGUAAUUCGUGUGGCAGGCGGAGAAAGACAUUCUUAUUAUGUGCUUGUGAACUGGGGUCGUGCUGUUCUUGAAGAGAGGGAUAGUCCUGCAAUCAAUCUUCAGUUUUCCUCCACAUAUGCUCUUCAAGAAAGGAAGCUCUGCCCUGCAUCUGAUGCAGAAAGCCUAGUCUACUUGCUAUAUUAUUUAUGUGGUGGGAGUACACCGCAACUAGAAUCUUUGAAAGAUGUUUUGCAAUGGAGAGAAAGGUCCUGGGCAAGAAGGUCUAUUCAACAACAGCUCGGUGAAGUUUCAGCUGUAUUAAAAGCAUUUGCUGACUAUGUGGAUAGUCUCUGUGGCACCCCAUAUCCUGUAGAUUAUGAAAUUUGGUUGAGAAGAUUAAAUAGAGCACUGCAUGGUGAAGAUCAUGGCAAAUCCAUAGAUACCACAGCAACCUCAAUAAGAAGUGACGAUGUGGCUGAAUCAUCUGGAACAUCUGGGGCAUCCUUCUCCUAAAGCCAUACAAAAUUGAUUGCAUUUGGUGUUAGUCUCAAGUUGGAUCCUUGUAAUGAGAAUGUAUUUCAUAAUAAAAUGAGUCGAUGCUGAUGUUCUGCUUUUCAAAGAAUUUUCACAAGAUGCUGGAUACAUUUCUUGAUUGCAAUAUCCCCUUAAUCAGUUUUGGCCACUCAUUAUAUAUAAGGAUCCAGUCUGUGCAGUGCAUUAGCAUUUCCUGUGAUAUUUGCAUUUCUUCGAGAUCAUGUUUUAGCAGUCGAUCAGAAAAGUUAUUUUUGGAACUUCUAACAGUACGCUUGUAAUGUAUCUAAUACUCUGGAAAAUAGGUGCUUAUCAGAGCAUAGAGUCUGGAUCAUAACAAUGGUCGUGUAUAAUUCAUCCAUGCAUAUGGGUGCAGCAUAUCUUGUUGCAUCAAUUUUUCAGGAUUCUCAUACGUCCAACGUUGUGUUGAUUCCCAUGGAGUUUUAGAUACAUCACAAGGUUUGCAGCAUAUCUCGUGGCUUCAAAUUUUCAGGAUUCUCAUACUCACAACAUUGUGUUGAUUCCCAUGGAGUUUUAGAUACAUCACAAGGUUUUAACUUUCUGGUUAUGUGUGCAUUACUUGGAAACAGUGGCAAGUAUAUUAAAUUUUGUAAUAUCAUUGAGGUAUAUUAUUUUUUUUCUCGACUUUGAUGUACAGUAUCAUACAAGCCUUGAUAUAUGCUACGAUCGAUCUGAUCUGUUAUUUCUUCCUCUUGUAGCAUGUAUCCCAGCGCUUGAGUGAUUUCAUGUUAGAUAUGUAGAUACUGACAAUGAACUUUGCACUUCGUGUCAUACCUGAUUCUGAUUUUCAA